CACAACCCGUCACAACGAAGAGAGGUGGAGCCGCCGAGCAACUGUCAAGAGACCCUUCCUGAUAAGAUCUCUUCCGUCCUCAAAGCAUCUUGUCGUAGCGCUAUCUGGACCAUUAUUAUAAGUUACAUAAUCGACGUUCUUCAGCCCGUCGUUUGAGCGUAAUUCGCGUGCGUGUGACGUAACUGUCGGUAAUCUUUUAUUGCGGAGCCGUUUCGGAUGAGCGGUUCGCUGCAGCACUGACACUUUGACAGGCUGAAUGUCUUCCUGAAGACCCAUCGUAAAGAGAUGUCAAGGCGAAGCACAAGGUUAGUGUCCAAAGGGACGUCCUCCUUUCCUGAUGAUGAUGCAGCAAGCACCAGCUCCACUGAAACCACAGGCCAGAUUUCCUACAAAGAAAGUCCUGUCAGGAUCUUUAAGAAGAAGGGUCGCAAGAGUACAGGCAGCGCUUCCCGAAAUUCAAGCCGUGCUAGCAGUGUGAGUCACACAGUGACUCGGCAUUUUGGUGACCUCACUGCCACCGAGAAUGAAAAUGGUGUGACCUACACUGCUCAAGGAUUCUCCUCUGGAUACUCCUCAGCUGAAGACCAUUAUGAUAAACCCAUCAUCCCAAGCUCUGGUUCUGCCCAAUCUGUGGCUGAACCAGGGUUUGUUGUGUGGAACAUAUUUAAUUCUCCAGCUCAAGCUCUGAUUAUGUUCUACUGGUGGCUGGGCAGUGCAUGGUAUGGCCUCACCUCUCGAGUGUCUCUGAUCAAUGUGUUUCUGCUCAGCAGAUGCACUGCAGAUAUGAGAAAAGCUGCUCUCCUCUUCCUCCUCCUAAUCUGCCUCAUUUUCGGGAUAUGGUACUGGUUCCCAUCUGCUUCUCACCCUCAUGAGGUUGCUUCUAGGACUCCACCUGUAAAACUCACUGAUGCACCUGUGAGAACAGUUAUUGAUGACAAUUUCCAACAUGCUAGCCUGUCUAACCUGCAGGAUGAGAUCUUAAACUUGCACGAAAGAGAGGCCAACCUGAUGAGAGACAUUGAACUGCUGAAGAUGGAGAGUGCAAGGCAGAAGGUCAAAUCUGAGAUGCUGCAAACCGAUAUGAAGUUUAUGACGAAUCAAAUGAAGAAUGUUGAGUCUGAGCAUGGGCAUCAGAUUUCUGACCUGAAGUCAGGUCUCUCAAAACUUCAGUCGGCUUCAGACCUCCUCAAGGAAAGACUUGAUGCACAAGACACUCUCAACAUAAAUCUGAAAGCAGAACUGUCUGAGUGGCUCGUAAGUCAAAUGAAAGAUACAAGCUCAAUGGAAUUAACCGUAGUUGCUCGUCCUGAGCUGCAGAGGGCGCUGGAGGAUCUAGAGAAACGGAUACUAGACAAAUUGGGGCAGGAGAAAGAGCAAGCAAGAGAUGUGUGGCGGACUGUAGGGGAUAUACUUCAGCAGGAGGGAGCCGGAGGCGUCACUAUACAGGAUGUAAAAGAAAUCGUCAACAGGGCAAUUAGUCUGUACAGGGCGGAUGGAAUUGGAAUGCCGGACUAUGCCUUGGAAUCGUCAGGUGCCAGUGUAGUAAACACUCGUUGUUCAGAGACAUACAAGACAAGAUCUGCGUGUCUCAGUUUAUUCGGCAUUCCUCUCUGGUAUCAGUCUGAAAGCCCUCGCACAGUUAUCCAGCCAGAGCUGUAUCCCGGGAAGUGUUGGGCGUUCCGUGGCUCACAGGGUUUCCUGGUGAUCUCACUAUCCUACCCAAUAAAAAUCACCCAUGUCUCACUUGAACACCUUCCCAGAAUACUCUCACCAACAGGUCGCAUUGACAGCGCACCAAAGGAUUUUGCUGUUUAUGGUAUGACUAAUGAGAAUGAAGAUGGAAAGCUGCUUGGGACAUUCACGUAUGACCAGGACGGAGAGCCCAUUCAGACUUUCAAGCUUCCGGAAACCUCGAAUAUCUAUAGCAUGGCAGAGCUCAGAAUUUUAAGCAACUGGGGCCACUUGGAAUACACGUGUGUGUAUCGCUUCAGAGUGCACGGGGAGCCUUUGCUCACUUGAGAACUAGAAAAAGAGAAGAAGAACGCUUUUGCCCUCUUCAGUUUUGGUUUACUCUUAUGCAAAAUAAAAUAAAUGUAAAAAACUAAAAAUCUCAAUGCACUGAACUCUCAAAGAAUGAUUCAGACAGACAUCUUCCUAAUGUACUCAUACCAAAAACGCACAAAUACGAACAGACAUACUGUACAAAAAUGUGUCCAAUUUUUGCCAUCUAUACCAAUAUUUCAGUUUGCAUUUCUCAAAAAUGGUGCAGUUUUGGUUUCCAGACAAGUGCUGAUAGGAAAUUUAAAAAUUCGUCUUUAUUUAAUGACACUGUUUUGAAUGAGGAAUCAUAGCGAAUCAGUUUUUGAAGCUAAAUUAAGGACAUACCUCUGUUUUAUGUAACAGUAAAUAUGUUAUGACUGCCAACUAUGUAUAUUUCAACAGCAAAGGCUGAAUGAAGGAUUUGAGCUUGCAAACAAGUGUAAUGCCUAGAGACUAGAAGUAUCACAAAGUAGUAUUUUUGCUUUUAAGCUUUUUGCUGGUUUUAUUUGCUCUUACAUUUUUUUCAUUUUGGUUGAACAAAUGGUUCUGUAAUGUGUUAAUGCACAUCAUUAUUGAACCAUAUACCUCUUUAAAUUAACAAGCUUCAUUGUUUAGAUAUGUUUACAAAAUAUAAGCAGCAAUUCUGUUUUCUGAAUCUCUAGACAAGUUGUGUUAAAACAUUGAUAUUUGUGCCCUGGUACAGAUAGGCAUAGGGAUAGUUGAAUUUUUAAGAUUGAUUAUAUCUCCUCUGCAGGACAGGGGAAGAUUAAAGUAAAACUCAGGUUUAGGGUUUUCUAACCAAAGUGCUCUUUAAAUUUACAGACUGAAUAUUGAUCUUGUCCUCUGUGUGUAUAUAUGUGCUCGAUAAUAAUGCUGUUUUUAUUUGCUGUACGUUGAAUGCGCACUUGAAAUAGUCCUUGAAGGUAUAGACAUUUUGUGGAUUGUUUUGUUUUGUUUUAUUGUGUCAUUUUGACAUCCUUAUACAUUUCUCAUUAAGCUUAAAGGAAUAGUUUACCCAAAAUGAACAUUAUCAUCUUUUACUCACCAUCAUGUUGUUUCAAACUUGUAUGACUCAUUUUCUUCUGUGGUACACAAAAGCAGAAUGUUAGCCUCAGUCACCAUUCACUUAAAUUGUAAUUUCUUUUUUUUUUUUUUCAAUGGAGAUUGAGGCUGUUGUUCUGCAUGAGGUCUCCUUUGUGUUCCAUAAAGAAAAAGUCAUUCAAGUUUGGAACAACAGUAAAUGAUGGAAUUUUCAUUUUUGGGUGAACAAUCUGUUUAAUAUAGCUCUGAUUUGAAUUUGGCAAACAUUUAUAAGAAGGUUUUGUCACAUUAUCUGAUAUGAUUAUUUUGUAAUAAAAAGGCCAUUUUUAAAAAUUAA